UCCCCUUUCUCCCCUUUCAUAAAUAUUUGAUUUCUCAGUUUGAUAUUGGCAUGGCUGGUCUCGAUCUAGGCACAACUUCUCGCUACGUUCACAACGUCGAAGGCGGCGGUGUUGGCCAGUUCUCCACCGACAACCACCACGGAGAUGACGCUGGAGGAAACCACCAUCAUAACCAUAACCAUCAUCAAGGUUUGGAUUUGAUAGCUUCUAAUGACAACUCUGGACUAGGCGAUGGCGGCGGAGGAGGGAGCGGUGAGCUCGUUAUGCGGCGUCCACGUGGCCGUCCAGCUGGAUCGAAGAACAAACCGAAACCUCCAAUGAUCGUCACGCGCGAGAGCGCAAACACUCUUAGGGCUCACAUUUUUGAAGUCGGAAGUGGCUGCGACGUCUUCGAGUGUAUCUCCACUUACGCGCGGCGGAGACAGCGAGGGAUUUGCGUUCUUUCCGGAACAGGAACCGUCACUAACGUCAGCAUCCGUCAGCCGACGGCGGUCGGAGCUGUUGUGACUUUGCGAGGCACUUUCGAGAUUCUUUCCCUCUCUGGAUCUUUUCUCCCGCCGCCUGCUCCUCCAGGAGCGACGAACUUGACGAUAUUCCUCGCCGGAGCUCAGGGACAAGUCGUUGGAGGUAACGUCGUUGGAGAAUUGAUGGCGGCGGGGCCGGUGAUGGUCAUGGCGGCUUCUUUUACGAACGUGGCGUAUGAAAGGUUGCCUUUGGACGAGCACGAGGAGCAGUUACAAGUCCAAAGCGGCGGAGGAAAUAUGUACACGGAAGCCACCAACGGAGGUGGAGGCGGAAGCUUGCCGUUCUUCAAUUUACCAAUAAGUUUGCCUCAUAUGGGAGUUGAAAACUGGCCGGGGAACUCGUCCGGCGCCUGUAGGGCUCCGUUUUAGCUACUGUUUUAACAAACUUAAUUUUUUUUUUUUUCAGAUUUUCUUUGUGACGGAAUUUAAUAA